AUGAUUGGUCCUGGAACUCUCCAACGUCAGCCGCUGCCUGGUGCAGGGGCCAAAACUGCCAGUGGCAUGAUGUUAAGGGCCGCUGCACUAGUUGAAACCGAAGAGCUGCAGAAUUGCCUUCGAGUUCGCAAAUCUUUGCGCUGGUUGGCAGUGGACAAAAGGUGCACCGACUUGCAGAAAUCCUGCUCUUGCAGUGGGCAGGGCUUCAGUGCUGGAUUGGCCUCAUCACGAAAAUACGCCGUGUUGAGUUUCCAGACCCAGAUGUUAAGUAUUCUGCCCCACUUUUUGUCAGUGCAGUGGGCAUCAUUGCCACCAAUCUGCUUGGCCUUGCGCAUUUCUUAUCGGAAAACCUCGCGGUAG